AUGCAUGUGGUCUCAGCACCUCCCCCUGCCAAGCGAGUCAGUGCUGCCGCGGCAUCCAGCUCGACGCCUAUGGCUCCCCCUGCGGCCCCGGUGGUGCCGCCUGUCGCUCCGGUGAUUGUUCCCGUGGCCGGUCCUUCUAUGGCAACUCCACCACCUUCAACGUCUACCCAGGAAGUAAACCCUGCUCCUUCCCUCGCUAUCACCGGUUGGUACUUGCGUCUUCGUCGCAAUCGUGACACUGUGGGAGUCGUUGUCGCGGCACUGGUUCGUGACACUGAAGCUGUUGUCAUCAUCAUGUUCCUUGAAUCCUUGGGCGGCCAUUGCCAAGGUGGCGGAGCUUCCGUAGAAGGACCGGCCACGAGAGCCAUCACCGGAUCGACAGGCGGCACCACCGGGGCCGCAGGGGGAGCCAUAGGCGUCGAGAUGGAUGCCGGGGCAGCACAGACUCGCUUGGCAGGGGGAGGAGCUGAGACCACAGGCGUGACCGCUUCCUCGGCGAAGAAGGAUUCCACCGGAACGAGGUCAACGCGCAUGAUGGACGAUUUCAUGCGCAUAGUGCGCCACAACACCUCCCGCAACCUCGAGACCUGCGCCGUGCUCGGAGGCGUGCUUAAGAAGGGCCUGUUUUUCAUCAAGGCGCUCAUCCUGCCCAAGCAGGAGUCCACCUCUGACUCCUGUUCCACGUUGAACGAGGAGGAGAUAUUUGAGGCGCAGGACAAGCGAGGGCUCUUCCAGCUCGGCUGGAUCCAUACGCACCCCUCACAGGCGUGUUUCAUGUCAUCCAUCGACCUGCACACACACUACUCCUACCAGGUGAUGCUCCCGGAAGCCAUUGCCAUAGUCAUGGCUCCCAAAGACCCAUCCCGCCCAUUCGGCAUAUUCCAGCUGUCGCAGCCAGGGGGAGUGAAGGUGAUACAGAACUGCCAGCAGAGGGGCUUCCACACACACGAGGCACCGGCAGAUGGCACUCCGCUCUACUCCCACUCCUCCCAUGUCUUCUUCAACCCCCGCAUUGACUACGAGGUGCUCGACCUGCGCUGA